AAUAUUAAAUUCACAUUAAGUAACAAGUCGGAAUAGUUAAAUUAAAUAAAAUAAAAUUACAAGCACAGAAAGGAAAAUACUUUCUGUUUGUGAAGUUAAAGUAACGGAAUUUAAAAGUGAUCACAGAUGGAUAAAAGCAACACUCAUAUGAUCGUCGUUGACGUAGAAGAUAAAGCUGAAAGAAGUUCAUCUGAAGAUACACUUGAGAACAAUGAGGCUCGGAAAAGUGAACCUCACGAGGGCAUAUCUGAUAUGAUGAGCGAGAUGGCUAUAGGAGGCGCCCAUAAGAUCGAUUAUAUUAAGGAUGCCGAGCUGGAGGAAAGUUCAAGUCAGUCACCACAAAAGGACACAUCUGUGGCAGAUAUAUUUGCAGAUGCGAUAGAGCCCAAGACUGUUGACGCAUUUGACAAAGGACAUAAAGAUGAAGAGCCCGUUUCCAAUAUUCAGGAGCUUUCUGAUGCGAUGGACCUGCUCAGUGUUCAUCCAACCCAUGAAACUGAGACUAGUGAUUCGGAGAACGAUAAUAUCGAAAAGCAAGAGGGAUCGAACAUUUAUGGCCCUGGUCAGCUUCCCAUUUUUAUGUGGGAUUUCAGCUCGGACGAGGAUGAACCCGUAAUACCCGAUGUCGAUAUUAAUUACGAUAAUAUCUUUAAGGAUCUGAGUAAGCUGAGCGCUGUGGAGAAGCACCUCCAGCUGCUCUACAGACCCUUCAGCUGGGUAAUUGAUUUGAUCUGUCGGUUCAAUAUAUACGAACUGUGCAUCCUGAUCCCUGACUCCCGCUACGACCCGGGCUGCCAUCCCUCGGUCUCGGUCAAGACCGUCAAUCCCACUGGCUUGGUCAAGAUCUAUGCGGGUGGCAAGACAGUGGCCACCGGUUUGACCGCCGAGUCGGCUCGGAUCUCCUUGUCCAAGGUGGUUCGGAUGGUGGAGGAGCUAGACUUCAAAAUGGACGUGAAGAGCCUCAGUCGGAACAUUGUCCACGCCUCCUUCUGCAUGCCCUUCAAGCUUGACCUGGACCGUCUGUACGAGCAGCACUACAUGAAGGUGACCCGCAACUGCCGCACUCGGCCCUUCAUCACAUACAACACAGAGGGGGAAAACGUAGUUUUUGCUGUCUUUCCCAGUGGAUUCGUCCUGGUCCUACACUCGACCAAGCAUUCGGAAACCCGAGCCGCCAUUGCUGCCUUCUUGCCGAUCCUGGCCCAGUACAAGGUUGAAUAUCCCAACCAGGCCAAAAAGAAGGUUCGGCCAAGCGGCGACAUUUCCUAUAGGCUGCUCUGGGAGCACAGACUAGAGGAGGACAAGGUUGGCCAGCUCCUUUACUCCUAGAACUCUUUUACCAGUGCCCUUCUCCCUGUUCAUAGAUUGCCUCUAGUUUGUUAUGUUUCAUUUCAUUUUUCUGCUCUGAAAUACAGUGAACAUUUGUCAUAA